CUCUGCCAUUAGAUCCCCUCCGCCUCGGUGUGUCUUCGUGGACGUGGAGCGUACGCCCAGUCUCUCCUUUGCAAAUGGGUUCCGUCGCCUAGCCUCUCCCCCCCUGAGCCAGGUCACCUGUGGUCUCAAGCCGGUCGGGUUCUGCUGGGCGCAGCACUAAGAAGGAAAAGGGUUUACAACUUGCUGAAGAACAAAGAUCAAGAAACAUGGCAGCAAUCCCGUCAAGCGGCUCACUUGUGGCAACCCAUGACUACUACCGAAGGCGUCUGGGUUCCACUUCCAGCAACAGCUCCUGUGGAAGUGCAGAGUACUCUGGGGAAGUCAUCCCGCAUCAUCCAGGUCUUCCCAAGUCUGAUCCUGGACACUGGUGGGCGAGCUUCUUCUUUGGAAAACCGACUCAUCCAAUCAUGACAACUGUAUCGGAAUCCCCAGAGAACUCAGGCACUUUCCAGGUGGCACACGGCACGAUCACAUGUGACCUGGCUCAGGAACUAAUGAGGAAGCGUCAUGCCAGCGAGCCCAGCAAGCCCAGCGCCGGUCCCACCGCGUGAGGAGGCUGAUGGCCCGCCGGCUGGCCCUUCUGACUUGGAAGGCUAGGAGUCAGAGUCCAUUUUCCACUCCCCCUCCCCGUAGAGUUAGAUAUAGGCUGCCUCGAGUACCACUUUAGACGUAGGUUUUUAUAAAAACAGAAAUGCCAACUUAAAAAAACAAAACACCAAACAAACCUUCUAUACACCAUCUUUUCUACUCUUUUUGUUUUUUUUUUAAUUAUUAUUUUGGUAAAUUCAACUACGUCUCUUUUUUUUUUUUCCAACAAAGCCUUGAUAACGCUUUCUCUUUUUCUCUCCUUUUUUUUUUGUAUUUUGUACUCGUCUAUGGAAACUAAUAAAGCCUGAGCAGCCUUUUAAA